UGUGAUGUGUGUUUAUUAACAAUUAAAAAGAAAUGGAGGAAGCUGUGGAGAAUUUAGAAAAAUCAGUGAAGACGACUGACCAAAAGUUGGAAAAUGUAGUUUGUAAAAUAGAUGAAUAUGAAAAAAAUAUGUCAGAAAAUGUUAAUAACGACGUUGCAGUGUUUGAAAUUCUGGAAUCUGUCACCGAAGUCAAGAACGAAUACCAAAACCUUAGAAAAGACAUACUCGAAGUACAAGUCCUUCAAAAACAACUUGCCAACAACUUACGCACCCAAUUAAAACAGGUUCAAGGAACUUUUACCAUGCUGAAAGGUAAGAUUGUCAGGCCAGAAGCUGCGACUCAAGAACGAGUGAGAAUUGAAGGAAAGUAG